AUUGAAGAUAACAUUGUUAUGCCAUAAACACACUUUUCAGGAGGACACAAAGACUUAAUAGUAGUAGUAAUAAUAAUAAUAAUAAUAAUAAUAAUAAUAAUAAUAGUCAUAAUAAUAACAGCAAUAACAAAUAGUAAUAAUUUUAAGUGUUCUAGAAUACAAACACUGUUUAUUAUGUUAAGUAGGCUAAUGAUAUAAUACAUAUUUAACAUCAUGAACGGCCUAUACGUCUACAACAAAUGCUAACAAUGAAAACAAUUGAUUUAAAUUACUAUAAUUAUGGAAAGGCUUAUAACAUGUAUUGUUGUACUAUAUCACUAUUAAAAAAUAUAUAUCAAUAUUCUAUAUUAAUGCCAAAAAACACACUCUAUACACAUACACUCUUAAACCAUCUAUGUGGGGAAGAUGUUAUUCAAAUCAAUGACGUUCAAAGCUCAGAAAUAGUUCCUUGUAUUAAUCAUCGGUGGGGUUAUUUAAGACUACACAUAACGUAUAAUCAAACUGUUUUUAAGAUACAAAUUAAUGAACUAUGGAGUUAAGAAAAAACUAUUAUUUGGAAAAAGAGAUUACUUACAAGAUCUGAUAAUAGCCAUCAAACCCGUUAUGUUCUUUGUAUAUUUUUUUGAGUACUGAGAGAGAAUCCGUAUCGAGUAUUUUCAAAGCAUUCUAUGGAGUCACAUGAAAUUAAAUAAAGGUAAACAGAUGAUUAUUUGUAAAUAAGAAGUCAAAUAAAUCAUGUAAAACAAGUACAUUCAAUGGCUUAAAUUACGUUUGGAACACAGAGAUUGUGUGAAUUUCUCUCGUGUGUGUUUAUGUGUGUGUGUACGUGUUUGUGAGUGAAGUGUUAAUCCCACUCUGCAGUCCUGCGCCAUAAUGAAACCCUUAUCUGCCCGCUGAUUGGACGGGAGCGUCCAGGCCGGAGUCACGUGGGUGAGUUCUUUGGUCCAGAGUAAAAAUGGGCUUUGGUGUAAAUCUAGGGUGUAUUGCUGUCAUAUAUCACACUACCUCGUAAAAACGACACUGAGGAUUCUGGGCCAACAAAUCAGAGAGAAAAAAAUAUGAGUUCUUAUUAUGUGGACGGUCUUCUUAGCAAAUAUACGGCUGCUGGUUCUUUCUUCCCAAACGUGGAGCGGGCGUCCUGCAGCAUUGGACCCGCUGGAGAGGACUCGGCUCGGAGUGCUGCCGCCAUCGCGUUCGCUCCAUCUCUGUCUGGAGUUUACAGCGUCAGCAAUGCGGUGUACCAGACCCGGCCUGCUUUUACCUCGGACUAUGUCCAGGGGCAGGACCCACACAUACCACAUAGUCUGCACUACAGCUUGUUUGACCAGAACCGAAGCCUGUUCACCGACAGCUGCUGCCAUCCGGAGCCUGGACACCUCGCUGUGCCGCCGGACAAACAAUACCGGAUGUACCCCUGGAUGACAGCAUCAGAUCCAAACAAAAAGAGGGGCCGGCAGACCUACUCCCGGUACCAGACCCUGGAGCUGGAGAAGGAGUUUCACUUCAGCCGGUACCUGGCCCGCAGGAGGAGGAUCGAGAUCGCCCACGCCCUCUGCCUCUCUGAGAGACAGGUCAAAAUCUGGUUUCAGAACCGCAGGAUGAAGUGGAAGAAAGACCACAAGGAGGAUCCGGUGUCGACUGCUGACGGCGAAAAGGAGGGUGAAACCCGGGCUGCGUCAGAGUCCACUCAGCCCGGAGCAGGAGACACCCGGAGCGCCGGCUCGGAGCCAGAAACGGCUGCAAAAUGGCGCCUGACGGACGCGCUAAAGCAUAAGAGCCACAAAUCAAGCACACAGGUUUAUGCUGUUUUAACCUACAAAAACAACAAAACAACAACAAAACCUGCAACGAGCAAACUGCGGAAUUGUCAACAAAUGAGCUCCUAUUUUGUGAACUCAUUCUGCGGACGCUAUCCCAAUGGCGCGGACUUCCAGUUACAUAAUUAUGGAGACCAUAGUUCGGCAAACGAGCAAUACAGAGACUCAACAGCCAUGCAUUCCAGCAGGUACGGCUAUGGCUACAACGGGAUGGACCUGACAGUCGACCGGGCCGGUACAGGACACUUUGUGGGCAACGAGCGGACGCAGGGCUACUCCCCGAGUCACUCAGCGGCGGCGACACCCUCAGUGGAGCAGGUCAGGUACAGCCAGUCCGCAAACAGCACCGGGACCGCGUCUCUAUCGCCUCCACCUGACCCGCUGCCAUGCUCAUCGGUCGCCAGCUCGUCCCCGGCCACCGAGACUCAACCUCAACACCGAGCCGUGAAAAACUCUAUCCCGACCUCGUGCUCAACCCCGUGCUCGAGCUCCAACGGAGGCACGCUGCUGCUCAACCGGGACUGUUUGUCCAAAGCUUCGCCCCUCGAGGAGGAGAAGCCUGCGGGGAGCGCACAGACAACUCCUCAAAAUACCACCGACUCAACACAGCCUCAGAUCUAUCCGUGGAUGAGAAAACUGCACAUAAAUCACGAUUUAGCUGGACCAGAGGGCAAAAGAGCCAGGACUGCAUACACCCGGUACCAGACCCUGGAGCUGGAGAAGGAGUUCCACUUCAACCGGUACCUGACCCGCAGGCGGAGGAUCGAGAUCGCUCACGCCCUCUGCCUCUCAGAGAGACAGAUCAAAAUCUGGUUUCAGAACCGCAGGAUGAAGUGGAAGAAAGACAACAAGCUGAAGAGCAUGAACAUGGCGGCUGCAGGCGGGGGAGUCUACAGGCCCUGAUAUCCCCCCCUUUACACCUGAUAACCAGCACUAUGAAAAUAAAACAAAGAUUGUCUUAUGAACUUCUCCUUUUCCUUCCCCUUGAAAAGGCGCAGAGACUUAUAAACGGGGACGUGUGCUGGACAGGGGACAUCCUCACUCACACCCCGCUGUGUGUCCAACAACUGUCCCAUUAUAUAUUCCUUGAUAUUAUUUCCUUUUUACCCCCUCCGUGGUUAUGCGUAUGUGAUUACAAAAAGAUGCAUUCUGUACAGUUCUGUCUAGAUUUAGAGGAAAAAGACACAUAAGUGUUUGUUUAAAUUAUUUGUUGUUCUGACGGACAAAAAAAAACAUAAAAAUAAAGCUUGAAAUGCUACAAACUAACAGCAAAUAAAUCCAGUAAAAGUUGUAUGAUGCACUCAGAAGGGAAAAUACCCUAAUAAAAUGAGGGUUAAGGUUGGGCUUCCUUUGUUUUUAGCCUUCGUUUUCUCUGAAUGUACUGUAUAUGUAUGUAUUUAUUUGUUUGAUGUAUUGUACCAGCUUGUCAGAAAACUUGCUUCCAAAAAAGUAGAGCCAGCGGUCAGCCGUGUGUGGUUAUUGUGUACGUCGUGGACAAUUGUAUGGACAGAGGUUCCGAAUCUGUCUUGUAUGUACAGUAGCCGUUGCCUUGUGUCUUCUUUUAGCUCUUUUUUUUCUGCAGGAGCUGUUGUUUGUGUUAUCCACCUGAACGCAACAUUUGCGUAAAAAUGUGUUUUGUCUUUGUUUGAUCGUGGAGGGCUCCACAGUAAACGUUGUCGCCUAUAUGUGUAUAGCUCCAUCGUGUUUAGCUUUUUGUAAAUGUUUUUCAAAGACUGGAAGUCAAGAAUAUACUAUAACAAUACAAACGAUGAUUAUUGCCAAUAUAAUAAACUUUCUAUUGGAAAUCAAACUUUUCAGUGAGUUUUUUCCCCUAAAAUAAUUUGC